UAUAAGCCACGAACAACACCCUUUAGAAGGGUCUUUCGCUAUCAUCAUUACCCCUGAUAUCUCCGAACAACAAGCUCUUCACCACUAGGCCCGUCAAGCUCAGAUCAAAGACCCAUAUCAACGAAAUGGCUACCACAGUGACCCGUGCUGCACCCGCUGGAACCAUGGUGUCUCUUCAGGCUGCCCAAGCUCCGCAGGUUGGCCUCGCCGACGACGAGCUCCUGGCCCUCUUCCGCCGUGUCACCAUCAGCGGCUCCGCCGGGCAUGAUGUCUCCGAGAGACAGAUCAAGAAGGCUUUCGAGCAAGAAGUCAGUCGUCCCUUGGGCCGUCAGGUGCUCGAGGCCUCGCUGCGGGAAGCGCACGAAUGCUCCUGCUACCACUGGAACUACCAUGACCGGAUCCGGGGCAAAGUCGACAUCAGCCGCGUCGAUCUGACUUUUGACCUGACCUCCCAGAGCAUGGGGCAGUCUGUGCGGGGUGAGGUGGCUGGGUUCUUUAGAGUGAACCACGCCUAUAUCAAUGCCACCGUUUACUACGAUGACCAGCAGACCCUCCAGGGAAAUCAGAGUAUCAAGGUGUACAUGGAUGGAAGCAAAUUCAUCAUCGAUUUCUAUCCCACGGACACGUCGGAGAAGCCGAUUGCCCGUAUCGUGCAGACUAACUCCUCCUUCACCUUCCAGGGAACUUGCACCGGCGAUUCUACCUGGUACAGCAACUAGACCGAGUGCGGUGAGCUGUGCUGAGACAGCCAUUGUAGGGGAAGGUAUGCGGAUCGAGAUGAAACUUUUGCUUUUCUGUCUUUCGCGUUGAGUUUUGUUUCUGCGUGGUAGUUUAGUAGGUAGCUUUUCGGUUGGUGUAAUGAUUGAUGAAUGCAUGGUCACGAUCCGCGUUGAAACCAGAGUCAGUUUAUAUGUAAUCAAUUGUUGGUCAACUUCUGAAAAGGUGUAGCAUCAGAAUGCAACCCAUAACA